AUGCCGCCGUUUUGGAGAGACGAUCCAGAAGUAUGGUUCUGCCAGGUGGAAUGUCAAUUUGCUUUAGCUGGGAUCACGAGUGACAUAACGAAAUUUAAUACGAUUGUUGGACAACUGGACUCAGACUAUGCCGUGUUAGUUAAAGAUUUAAUAAAAAAUCCACCCGCGACCGGUAGGUAUGCAAAGCUGCGACAGGAGAUAAUUAGGCGGCUGUCCUUCUCACCGGAAAAGAAGACGCUGCAACUAAUCCAGCAUGAAGAACUUGGUGAUCGCAAGCCAUCUCAAUUUCUUUUACAUUUGCAGAGCCUAGCCGGUCCUGACGUACCAUCCGACUUCAUCAGAACCAUAUGGACUAGCAGGUUGCCGACGAACGUGCAGGCCAUCGUAGCGUCCCAACCGAAGAUGGGCAUCGAGGACCUGGCCGAGCUCGCUGACCGAGUGCAUGACAUAGUGCAGCCUGGUAUGUCAGUGGCCAGUACGUCACGGGCGCCAGUAUACGCGCCACCAAAUGCAGGUAUGUCACUCGAAGGCAAGAUAGCUCAGCUGACAGUCAUGGUGGAAGCACUAUACAGACAGCAGAACGACUACCAAAGCAACCACCAGAGCAGACGUCCUCACAGGUCAAACUCCCACAACCGCCAACGAUCGCGCUCUCGCUCCCGCUCUCGCCAACGCCCGGAGAAUCACCCACACUGCUGGUACCACUACACAUUCGGUAAUAAAGCCAACAAAUGCUCUCAACCUUGCACCUUCAAGCAGUCGGGAAAACAGGAAGGCAGCUACUAG